CAAACAUGACCCCAACAUUCAUUUUCUCAAUCCUCCUACUUCAACUCCUCUUUGCCUCACAGCCAUGUCACCUUAUCCUCACCUCCGCAGCCGACGGCCGCUGGCAGCUUCUACAGAAAAGCAUUGGCGUCUCAGCCAUGCACAUGCAACUCCUUAGAAACGACCGUGUUGUCAUGUUUGACAGAACUGAUUUUGGCAAAUCUAAUUUGCCAUUGCCAAAUGGGAAAUGUCGUACUGACCCAACUGACACAGCUCUCAAAGUAGAUUGCACCGCUCAUUCAGUUGAGUACAAUGUUUUGACCAACAAGUUCAGGGCUCUCACGGUCCAAACCGACGUUUGGUGCUCUUCAGGCGCUAUCAUGCCUGACGGAAAUUUGGUCCAAACCGGUGGUUUCAAUGACGGUGAACGUAGGGUCAGGGUUUUUAGCCCAUGCAGCACCUGCGAUUGGCAAGAAAUACCAAAUGGAUUGGCAGCCAAAAGAUGGUAUGCCUCUAACCAUGUUUUGCCAAAUGGCAAACAGAUUAUUGUCGGUGGUCGCGGACAAUUUAACUACGAGUUUAUCCCUCAAAAUGUUGUCGAGAACACCAUCAAGUUGCCUUUCUUGUCUGAAACCAAUGACCGUGGAGUAGAGAACAAUCUCUAUCCUUUUGUUUUCCUUAAUGUUGAUGGAAACUUAUUUAUUUUUGCUAAUAAUCGAGCUAUUCUGCUUGAUUAUGUGAACAAUAAAGUUGUGAAGACUUAUCCGACAAUACCAGGUGGCGAUCCUAGAAGCUAUCCAAGCACUGGUUCGAAGCUGCCACCCACCGUCGGCUGCGGAGAAACACUAUGGGCUGCUGUUGAUCAAGGCUGUCCACUUGGUGCUCCUUAUAAAUGCCUCGUGAAGGAGCGAAGGAAUGAAGGCAAUGUGGAGGAAGGAAGCUGGCCUGGUAGUUGGCUGCUUCGAUUUUGGAGUUUUAGGGGCAGAUGA